AUGUUACGCAGAUCGGUGGUUAACCUUCAGAACCCAGCUCGUGUUUUCAGAAGCGCGGCGAAGCGGCAAAAGCUCGAUGAAGCUGUGCGCGUUGACCAGGCUGGGGAAGUGGCUGCGGUGCGCAUAUGCAAGUAUCAGUUGCUAUGGAUGUCCCCCCUCGAUAGUGGCGUGCCAGUUGUCAAGGAGAUACUGAGGGAUGAGCUCGUUCACGAAGAGGUUAUGGGUCACCUAGCUCGUAAGCAUUCGGUGCGCUUGACGUUACUAGAUCCACUGUUUCACGUGGGCGCCUUUGUGAUGGGUAGUUGCACCGCUCUUCUGGGAAAGGAUGCAGUAAUGUGUUGCCAUGCUGCUGUUGAAGUCACAAUAGCACAGCACUAUAAUGAUCAGCUUAGGGAGCUACAAUCCCUCGAGGAGUCGGAAGGUGCUUCGAAAGGCAAGGAUGAAAAGGACUGGGCAGAAGUCAUGGAGUAUGUUGCUCGGUUCAGGGAUGAAGAACUGCAUCACCAGGAGCUCGGGGAGCAAAAUGGCGCAGAAAAUGCACCAGCGUACCCACUUUUGUACAAUGGCAUUCGUAUAAUGUGUUCUCUGGGUGUGGCUUUAGCGAAAAGGAUUUGA